AUGACAAGGCGGCUGAUGCCGGCCAUGGCGGCCCUGGCGGCUGUUUUGCUUUGGGUUGCUGGAUUAGCGAUCCCUUCAGCGGAUGCGGCGGGUGCAGAUGGAUCCUGUUUGCUUCAGAGGCAGCCAGGAGCGGCGACGCCCAGACAAGACAAGCACGAUUUGCGCGGCGAAAGCGAGAGCUUGAAAGGAUGCUUGGCCUUCAUUCACAUUCCCAAGGCGAUGGGCGGCAGCAUCGAGUUGUCGCGGCUCCAUGCGUGGGGCGUGCCGUUCAACCGCACUGAUGGGUGCCAGUGGCAACUUCGGAAGCACGGCACCGAGUCAGUGCGAAAGCAACGACAAGAACCAGGAGCUUUAUGGGGCUCAUGUGAUGCUGGUAUCCCAUGCACACACGUGGACCUGAACGAGAAAUAUGGUAACACCUGCUCACAACCCAGCCUCUUCAGUGGCAAAAGAUGUUCUGCUUGGCAUUUUCCCCCGAGCUUCGACUCACGACUGGCGAGCUACUACACGGAGACCUGCGACUCCUUCUGCGUGGUGCGCCACCCACUGGAGCGAUUCAUCAGUCAAUAUCGUCAUAUCCGACAAGUGGGGAAAUAUGAAGGCUACAAAAGCUAUGGCAAGCACCCUUGCGAUGCCAAACACUUGGAGCGCUUUGCCAAUGAGACCCUGAAGGAGCUCAAUUUGGAGCAAGACUGCCAUUUGGUACCUCAGGUCUAUUACAUCUUCCAAGAGGGAAACCCUGAGGAUCGAAGACUCUGCCGCCAUGUGCUGAAUAUGACCGAUGCAGCUGAGCAGUUUCCCAAGUUGAUGCAACGCUAUGGCUUGGAACACGUGACGUUGGGGGGCCAUGAUCAUCUCUAUCACGAUCGGUGUGAGAAGAUUGUGCCGACCGCGAAGACGAUUGAGCUGGUGAAGCAGUUCUACCGUCAAGACUACGCAGUCUUUGGAGUAGAGUUCUUCAAUGAGUCGACAGAAGUUGGCGAUGAGUCGCCAGAGAUGGCGGAAAAUAGGAUGUGGUAUGUCCAUCCGCCCACGUCCGAGCUCACGGAGGAUUCCAUUACACAAGGCUUUGUCGCUUACAAGAAGCAAGAGUUGACCUGUCAAUCUCCCGAUGACGAGGACGAGCCGGUCAAGGAAUCGGGCAAUGCCAAUGCCAGUCUUCGUGACGAGGGCCGGGGCGGCUGUGCGGGAACCUCCCCGCAGGAGGCGGAGAAGGACCGGUCCAUGGAGGAGACCAUGAAACCCUUGUCCCAGAUCUACAACGAUCGCACGACCGGGCUGAUGGGGUGCCCCUUGACCGUGCCCAAGUACUCCCAGCGCUUGAAGCACUCGGAGAGCCCCCCACCCGAGCGGCGGCGCGUCAGCCCUCGCCCCGCACCACAGAAGGACUUCGACCGAGCAUGGGAGCGAUGUCAUCAAGACCUUUAUGAGGAUGCCUUUGCACGGCAGCAGCGGCUGCGGGACAUGCAGUCCUAUGUGAAGCAGAUGGAGGAGGAUGAUCACAAGGACCGCAUGAUGAAGUGUCAAGAAGGCAUUAAGCAGCGGCGGCGGUAUUACAGGGGCCGUGCGGUGGAGAACAGUCACCUGGAGCGCGAAGAGGAGAACUUGCGACGGCGGCAGGAGCAUCAAGCCAGGUCGCUGCAGGAGCAGCGGAUGCGAGAGCUGGAUGAGCUCAGAGGCUGCACCUUUCGGCCCUGCUUGGUGAAGAAGCUGAACUCGUCGCCCACCACGCCACGCCUGGGAGAGCGCCCACCAGGCUCUUCUCCUCGACGUUUGCGCUUGGGAGCCACUACAGACGAUGUGGGCAGCGUCAGCGGCUACAGCGUGGAGUACACCACCACGCGGCUGCAGAACCUCGUGGAGGCUCAGCAGGAUGCCUAUGCAAAGCUCCAAACAUUGGCGGAAGAAGAAGGCCCCUUGAAGGAGCGCCUCCGCGGCAUUCAUGGGGAGCUCCAUGAACGCAUCCAACGGGAGGAGACCCAACGCGUGGUGAGCAUGCUGCAAGAUGCAGACUCGGGAUCCUCAUCACAGAAGGAUCUAGUCCAGCGUGUCCGAGACAUGGUGGCCCAGGGACAGGACCCCGAGAAAGCCCAGCAGCAGAUCGUGGAGGAGCUGGUGCUCCAGUCACAGGACGAGGUGCGUCGCCGCGUGAUGGAGCACUUCGGGCCACUGCGCUUGGAGGCGGAGGGGGAGCUCUAUAGCCGGCAACUGUCGGUGGCUCAUGAGCUGGAGUCUUUGGAGGCGAAGGCCAUCGCUCUCCAUGGGGGCACGCUCUGCGAAGAGGCGAAGCUGAUGGGCUUUGAUUUCAACUUGGCAGCACAGGUGCGGCAGAACCUGCGACAGGUCGGUUUGCCACGCAUGAGUUCGGCGAUGUCGCGCGUCGACUCCAGCGUCAGCAGCCAGGUGGAGGUGGCACGCGCACCCUCGACGGGGCGGAUGCCCAAGGUGGACAGCCCGGGUUCGCCGUGGCGUGGCGCGCGGAACCCUGCGGCCGACUCCACGACCGCGCCAGAGGUAGCCCAAGCAGAGGCCGUUCAGGCCGGUGGUGUGGGCUCGCCGCGGCGGUUGAUGCACAUGAUGACGGCGCCCUUACCCUCCAAGGUCGAGUCCCCUCGAAUGGAGGCAGAUGGCUCGCCACGGCGGCUUCAGAUGUCCAAGUCCCAGGAGUUCUCCCCUCGACGCUCGCAAACGCUGAGCUCACUACAGGAGGCAGAUGCCUCACCACGGAGACGAGUUCAAAUGUCGACCCCAGAGGUGGAAAUCAUCCCCGAUGGAAGCGCUCCGGGAGCUCAGGCCGAAAGCAUCAGCCCUCGACAAAGUAUGGCCAGUUUGGCCUCCUUGGGCAGCUACCAGGCACCACCCUCGGGGGCGACUAGCCCUUUGCAACAAAGCCGUGAAAGCCAGAUCUUGGUGAACAAGGUCUUAAGCGCCGCCAGCAGUCGCGCUGACAUGCAGGUGGCCGUUCAAGCCGUCCAAUCAACGGCCAGCCUCGCCGAGAAGGAGCCUCCCGACCACCCGGCGGCUCCCGCCGCCCAGCUUCCCAACGGCUGGAUCCGGAGAGAUCCAGAGGCUGAUGCGCCUGGUGCCAGCUUGGGUGGCAUUGCCAGGCAGUUCUUAGCCCAAAGCCAGCCUCAGCUGCCACCGGCACAGCCUGCGCAGGUGCAACACGCGCAGCCGUUGCCCUUCGCCUCCUCCGUGCCCACGCCGCGGCCGCUCCAGCCGCGGCCGCUCCCGCCCGGCAUGGCCGCCAGCUCCGUCAUGCCCCAGAUGGGCCCCUGUGGCAUGCCACAGGUCGGCUCCAUGACGCUUCCUGCGAGGCCGGUGCCGAUGAUGAGGCCGGCGCAAGCCAUGCAGUCGAUGCCACAGAUGCCGAUGCAGGCGAUGACGAUGGGCCAAUUGAACUCGCCACGGCUAGCACCACAGAUGCAGAUCAGACCUCCACUGAGGCCGAUGGUGCCCAUGGUGCGACCCAUGUGA